AUGACUGUCACUCUCGUCAAUAAAGCCAUCGGCCCGAUCGGGUUUGGUCUUAUGGGCCUUACCUGGCGUGCCAACCCCACCCCAUACGACGAGGCCGUCAAAGUCAUGAAGCGCGCUCUCGACCUCGGGGCUAAUUUCUGGAAUGCCGGGGAAUUCUACGGUCCUCCCCAUGCCAACUCCCUGCAGCUAUUGGACUACUACUUCACCAAAUAUCCCGAAGAUAGCAGCAAAGUAGUCCUCAGUGUCAAGGGCGGUCUGGGCCCCAAAGGUCCCGACGGCACCACCGAAGGCAUCCGCGCCAGUAUUGAUAACUGCCUGAAGCUUCUCAACGGCAAAGUGUUUAUUAGUAUCUUUGAGCCGGCGCGGGUCGAUCCCAACACUCCUAUUGAAACCACCAUCAGCGCAAUAGCCGACUACGUUAAGGCCGGGAAGAUCGGCGGCAUCGGCAUCAGUGAAUGUAGUGAGCAGACAGUGGGUCGGGCUCAUGCCAUACAUCCUUUGGCUGCUGUGGAGGUUGAGUUGUCCUUAUUUUCCACAGAUCCUUUGGAGAACGGAGUUGCUGCUGCCUGUAAGGAGCUCAAUAUUCCUCUGGUAGCAUACUCCCCUUUGUCCAGAGGAUGGUUGACAGGACAACUACGCUCGUUGGAUGAUCUGCCUGCCGAUGACUCUCGGCGCAACUAUCCUCGAUUCCAGCCAGAUGUGUUCCACUUGAAUUUAAAGUUGGUGGAGCAGUUGGAGCAGAUUGCUAGGAAGAAGAAGGCUACUUUAGCGCAGACGGCUAUUUCCUGGGUAAGGGCUCAGAAUAAGCUACCCGGCAAUCCCGUGAUUAUUCCCAUCCCCGGAUGCACUACAGUCGAGAGGGUGGAGGAGAAUAUGGCCGAUGUAGAGUUGUCGGAGUCCGAGCUGAAGGAGAUUGCUGCUAUCCUGAAGGAAAUCCCGGUCCACGGUGAUCGGUAUGGGGGAGUGCUCGCGCGGCUCAUGAAUCUGUAA